AUGUCCUGCUGCGGUGGUGCCAAGUGGAAGCGCGAGGAGUUUGACUUUGUCGACACGCGAGAGUUCACCGACAAUGGUUUCAUGAUGCGCAUGAAAUACCUUUGGCUCUACAUCAUCGUCCUCAAGUCCUUCCUCGUCUAUAUCUCUGAUAUAUCGACAGCAAUUACUAUGUUAACCACAACACCUUGGACGAAGGAAAUCUUUGAUAAAUGUGAGGAGAUCGAAGAGUGUAUAUCAAUAAAGUUCGAUGUCACGAAGUACCUGUUCUUGGGGUGCAUCAUAUUCUCGUUUUUAUUGCUGGCGUACGAGUCGCGUAAAGCGAAGAAAAUCAUUGCGAGUCGAGAUAUCUCCUUUGCCUUCACCAACGUCCUUGCCAACAACUACUACUCUCUCCGCUCUUAUGAUCAUUUCUGCUUCUUCGAUCACAUCAGCAACUCUACGAAGACAAGCGAUGACUUUGCUUUCUUUGUCUUCUUUACCUUCAAGAGUUGGAAGCGCUUACUUCUCGCCGAUGGACCUCGUCAAUCCAUUAAUGCUCUGACUCUCUACGCUAUAUUCCUUUCAAGAAGAGGUGAUGGCAGGGAUUGGUGGGAUGUGCCGCGAUACUUCGCAGACAACAGUUUGUCUACCUCGGCGCUGACGAUCUCCACAUUUUUCACUGUUACCGUUUUCGCUGGUUCAUUGCUUCUCCUCAUCGUGGCUGGCAUCUGCUACGUUCCCCUCCUUAUGCACAUCCGAGGAAACUUGAAGGAAUACUGUUGCCACAAGGUCGAUAAGCGCAUCGACGAUGUCAUCAAACGCAGGAACCAGCAGCGUCUCAAGGAGGCUUCCAAGCAAGCCCAGCGAGAGGCCAUGGGCGACUAUUCUCACCUCAAGAACAAGAAAGGAGAAGUGGUGAAGCCACUCCCCCAACCCACUCUCCCAAACCUUUCCGUCGACGACGACUUCGACGACGCAUCAUCCAUGCAUACCAGGGUUGCUCCCCCCAGUACCUAUACCCGACAGAACAACGACUACUACUAUGCGGACAAGGCGAACGCCGAAUAUCCACCUAUGCCUGCCUACAAUCAGUACUCUCAGCAGCAAUACGGUGGGGCUUACGGACAAUAUAACCCGUCGCAAGCUACGCUCGCGCAGGAUAGCUCACCGUAUAUCGUCGACGAUGCUGAUAGCACUGCGCACCUUUCAACGUCUGCGGCACCGAUGGCGUACUCGCAGAACCAUGCAGGCUAUGAUUCUAGCGACGCAUAUUACAGGCGCGCCGCCUCCACGCCCGCCAACGACCCAUCUGCAUAUCAGAGAUCUGAAGGACUGGCGUACGAGUACCCCAGUCCCAACCCAAGUGCUCAAUAUGACCAGAGACAAGACUAUGGUGCAUACAAUGCAGCAGCACCACACGCCCAAUCACGGCAUCAUUACGGGCAAAGUGGCGGCCAAGGAUACGAUGGUUAUGCUCGUGGUAUAUAG